AUGAAAGAAAAGAAUGCCAUACGGACUGAUCUUUUAAGAGGAAUCAACCAGGAUAAGAUUGAUGUCGUUGUAUUUAAUCCUCCGUACGUUCCUGAUUUCGACUGUCCCAUCGUCGGUGGAGGUGUGAAUGGAAGGGAAGUCAUUGAUAGAUUUGUAAAUGAAAUAGCUGUCAAUGUAUUUUACUUACUUGUAAUAGAGGCCAAUAAGCCGUUAGAGAUAUUGGAAAAUAUUAGAGGAAAAGGAUACGAGGUCGAUGUACUGAAGGUUAGGAAAAUAGUAGGAGAAACACUGAUAAUACUCAGAGCAGCUAAAUAA